AUGAAAGCGAAGCUACUGUUACAAGAGUUGUGCCGGAAACGACGAGGAUGGGAUGACAAAAUUGACGAACAUGAAAGUCAGCAAUGGUAUUGUUGGUUGAAUGAUCUUCCUAAGUUAGAAGAGGUGAAGACAGGACGUUGCUUUAAGCCACAAUAUUUUGGUGAGAUAAAGAGCACACACCUGCAUAUUUUCAGUGAUGGCUCACGUGUGGGAUACGGAGCUGUGGCUUACCUACGUCUAGAGAACAACAACGGACGUAUUCAUUGUUCAUUCGUACUUGGCAAGGCUCGUCUUGCACCCAUUCGUGAAAUCGCUAUUCCAAGGUUGGAACUGUCCGCAGCGGUUAUGGCUGUACGACUCCAUCAAACAAUUGAAGAAGAGCUAGAGUAUAAGAUAGACGGCGUAACGUUCUGGACGGAUUCCAUCUCUGUUUUGAAAUGUAUCAAGAACGAAACAAAGCGAUUCCAUACAUUCGAGUCUAAUUGUUUGACUGCGAUACGGAAUGGAUCUUCUAUCUCUGAGUGGUGA